AUGUCGCCGGGAAAAGCCGCAGUCCCGGCCAUCCCUAUGGGAUUCAUGGAUGGGGUGACAAUUACUUUUGGGGUAUCAAAAUUGAUGCUCCAAACCACCUCUCCAAGAGCGAUCCAGAUCAUCCCCGAUGCACAAUUCUUGAAUUACAACGACAGAGGUAUCCCACAAUCACCUCUUGUGCACGUCAUCGAGGAGACCGAAGUCUCCUCGUACAGUAGCAGCAAUUACAAGCAUUGGCAAUGA